UGGCUGUUAAGUACAUUUUUUUAUAGGGGGUGCAUUGUAAAUUCAGAAAUCAUGAGGGUAUUCCUGCAACUGUGCUAAACACUGUAGGGUGCCAACCGCCAAUAUAGUUUUCCAUUAAAGACAAGGCGUCCUCUGAGAUUCGUGAGAACUGGAAAGUGGCAGUUAAUUAUGGAUCUCCAAAUGAUUCUGGAAGUUGGAUUGUGUCUUCUGGAGAUGAUUGAGUAUGCUUGCGGUCACGUUUUCGCACAAAGGAUUUGAUGAGACACGUCGUCUUGGUCUCCAAAUUGAAACAGAACAAACGGUGCGUCAUGCUUCCCCGCCUGGUGAAACUGGUAUGCUUGUCGUUGAUUCCGUGGUACCAGGUGGCCCAGCCCAUAAGCAUUUGGAGCCGGGCGAUGUGCUUGUUCGCAUGAAUGGUGAGGUGAUUACCCAAUUCCUGAAGACAGAAUCCUUACUUGAUGAUAGUAUCGACCAGAAGGUUGAGCUACAGAUUGAAAGGGGUGGCACAACAUUGACUUUCGACUUGGUGGUUCAGAACUUGCACUCAAUAACUCCUGACUACUUCUUGGAAGUUAGUGGUGCUGUGAUUCAGCCACUUUCUUAUCAACAGCCUAUACUGGCCAUGGGGGUGUUUAUGGUGUAUGUGUUUGACUCACUUUCUAUUGGAUCCUUGCAAAAUGGCUGUGGUUCAGAAGGGUUCACAAGGGCUAGAAAUUUCCGUUUCCAUUCUGGUCUUGUCUAUGUUACCGAACCAGGGUAUAUGCUAUUUAGGGCUGGAGUUCCACGGCAUGCCAUCAUUAAGAAGUUUGCAGGAGAAGAAAUAUGCCGUCUUGAAGACCUAAUCUUGGUACUAUCUAAACUGUCAAGGGGUGCAAGAAUACCAUUGGAAUUUGUAAGAUACACUGAUCGUCAUCGAAGAAAGUCUGUCCUAGUCACAGUUGACGGCCAUGAGUGGUAUGCCCCUCCUCAGAUAUACACUCGUGAUGAUGGUUCUGGUUUAUGGACAGCAAAGCCUGCUUUGCCACCUGACUGCCCUCUUUUAUCAUCUGCCACCAAACAUGUUGGACAAGGUCUAGCAAACCACAUACUUUCAUCAGAUGCUAGCGAGGCUAGUCCAAUGGAACAUGUCCAUCACACUAUCAGCCAAGAAUCUUCUGAUGGUGUAACCAGUAUCGAAACUAGUGAUGAAUAUGUCGCUGAAGGCCAAGCUUCUAGGGAUGAAUCUGAUUUUGGAACAAAAAAGCUGCAGGAGGAGGAGAAUUCAUCUGCUGAUGGACUUGUUAUUGCUGAUGGUUCUUUAGAUGAGCCCACAGAAGUGGGAUUGGAGGACUCAAAAACCUUGGAAGAUGCAGUUUUAAGAGAUUAUCAAGGUGCCGCAGCUGCCGCAGCUAAUGCUUCAGUUGCUGAGCGUGUGAUAGAGCCUACUCUUGUAAUGCUCGAG